CCCUCCUUUCUCUGCCCUCCCUCCCUACCGCGUGCCUUCUCCCCUCCCCCCUCGCCGCCCUCCUCUCCAGCGGCUGUAGCAGUAGCCGCUUCGGUGGAGACGGAGAUGGGCAGAGAGCGCGCUCGGCGCAGCAGCUCCGGAUCCGCCGCUCUCCCCGCCCUCUGCUCCCUGUGCCCCCGCCGCCGCCGCUGUCGCUGCCUUGGUGUCCCCCCACUCCAGUCCCGCUCCUAGGACAGCGCCGCCGCCGACGCCGCUGCCGCCGCCUGGCCCUGCCUGCCGCCUGCGCCGCGCAGCCCUCGCGCGCGCCCCGGUGGCUCUUUCCCCCCAGGACCGGUUUAGAAUGUAAUAACUCAAGUAUUUGAUAACAGAGUGGAAUAGUUUAACAACUAUCUGUGUACUUCCCAUGAUAUGUUUUCUAUACUAAAAAAUUAUGACAUCAACAUCCAAAGGAAUCCUCCGGCCAUUUUUAAUUGUCUGCUUUAUCCUGGGCUGCUUCAUGGCAUGUCUGCUUAUUUACAUCAAGCCUACCAGCAGCUGGAUCUUCAGUCCAAUGGAGUCUGCCAGCUCAGUGCUGAAAAUGAAAAAUUUCUUCUCCUCCAAAACUGAUUAUUUUAAUGAAACUACUAUUCUGGUGUGGGUGUGGCCAUUUGGGCAAACCUUUGACCUUACUUCCUGCCAAGCAAUGUUCAACAUCCAAGGAUGUCAUCUCACAACAGACCGUUCAUUGUAUAACAAAUCACAUGCAGUCUUGAUACAUCACCGAGACAUCAGUUGGGAUCUGACCAAUUUACCUCAGCAAGCUAGGCCACCCUUCCAAAAAUGGAUUUGGAUGAAUUUGGAAUCACCAACUCAUACUCCCCAAAAGAGUGGAAUUGAGCACCUGUUCAACUUGACUCUAACCUACCGCCGUGACUCAGAUAUCCAAGUGCCUUAUGGCUUCUUGACAGUAAGCACAAACCCAUUCGUGUUUGAAGUGCCAAGCAAAGAGAAGUUAGUGUGUUGGGUUGUAAGUAACUGGAACCCUGAGCAUGCCAGGGUCAAGUAUUACAAUGAGCUAAGCAAAAGUAUUGAAAUCCAUACCUAUGGGCAAGCAUUCGGAGAGUAUGUGAAUGAUAAGAACUUGAUUCCUACCAUAUCUGCUUGUAAAUUUUAUCUCUCUUUUGAAAAUUCAAUCCACAAAGAUUACAUAACAGAAAAGCUCUAUAAUGCUUUCUUGGCUGGCUCUGUACCUGUUGUUCUGGGACCAUCCAGGGAAAACUAUGAGAAUUAUAUUCCAGCAGAUUCAUUCAUUCAUGUGGAAGAUUAUAACUCUCCCAGUGAGCUAGCAAAGUACCUAAAGGAAGUCGACAAAAACAAUAAAUUAUACCUUAGUUACUUUAACUGGAGGAAGGAUUUUACUGUAAAUCUUCCACGAUUUUGGGAGUCACAUGCAUGCUUGGCCUGUGAUCAUGUAAAAAGGCAUCAAGAAUAUAAGUCUGUUGGUAAUUUAGAGAAAUGGUUUUGGAAUUAAUGUUUUCCAUCAUUUGCACGGGUAGUAAAAUUUUCUUGAGGAGAUAUCAUCCAAAUAUUGAGGAAAAGAAGAGAAACAAUAUUCUGAUUUUGUAUCACAAUUUAUUUUUAUCACCCUCUCAUGGGUAAUGUGUAUAUUUUGAUGGAGAUGGAGAAUUUAAGUGUUCAACAUUACCAAUCAUUCCAUUUGGUUUUAAAUUAUCCUGUAUAUACCUAAGUAUGUGCACUGAAAAAUAAUUUAUUCUUCACAUUUUUAUAGUCUGUAAGUUGAUGAUUCUAUUGUUGUUUCUAUGCUGAUCAACUCUUCAAUCUAUUUGGACAAUGAAGAUACAUAUUUCACAAUUUAAAGUAUGAAACAUUUUUACUAAAUAUUAUAAUCUAUAAUUCCAAGUUUGCAUAACGUUAACAAAGGAAGAAUGUUUCAUAAUUACAUUCUAAUCUAUUUUGUUUCAGAAUUGAACAGUGUAUAACUAUUUGAUCUAUUUUGUACCUGUUUACCACAUUGGUAAAGGUAGACUUAUUCGUGCAGUGAGUAAGAUAUGAAGCAGGCCUGUUCUAUUCAGGAAGUUAUUAUGUUUCACGUUUAUUUUCAUUAAACUGACUUGUAAAUGCAGUCACUUAUUCUCAUGGUCUUGAAGUAUUCAAGAAUUCUUAAAUAUCUAAUUUGUUGUGAUUUUCAGUACCUGGGAAAUAAUACUAAUAACACUUAAAAGAAUGUAGGAUAGCUCUCAAUCAAUAAUAUUCAUUGUGAUAAUAAAACAAAUGAUUUCCUUAAAGAACAAAAAAAGGGUACCUAUAGGUAUAAAUUAUAUUUAUAAAUGGCACUAUUUGUGUAUAAUUCCUAAUUACUAAUCAAUCUAAAAUAUUUUUGAGGCAAUAUUUCAAGCAGUUUUAUUUUACCUUAGAAACAAAUAAAUACACAUAACAUUCAUAAUAUUUGAAAAAUUCAUCCUAUCAUCUGAAAGUAAAUAAAAUUGAUAAUGAUAUAUUAAAUAUAAUAAAGAUCCAUAGGAAACACACAAUGCUAACCCCAAGUAGGAUUCAAUGAAUAAGUUUUGAAUGAAUUAAUGAAUGGCAUUGAUAAUCAAAGGAUUUUUUUGUUUGCUUCAAUGAAGGGACAGUUGUAGCCUGGAGAUAUUAAUUGAAGAUGAUGUUUUAUAUACAUUUUAGUAAUUAUACAUUUAUAGAACACAUAACUCAGAUCUUCAGAACUUUACAGAACCAACAUAACCAAUACAGCAUGAAAGUUUUGGAUAAUUUAUUCCUGAAUUUUUAUCUGCCUACAGAAUUUCUCCUCCAUUAGGUUAGAGAAGGGGAAAUCUGGAUAUAAGCAAAAAUAUUAAGUGAGAAAAGCCAGAUUUUUCAAGGAAGGCAUCUUCCAAAAGAAUUUCUAAUGCCUUUAUUCCACUCUUGCCAGAUCCAUCAAAUUUAUUAGAAGUUCAGAUGGCACCCACUGGGCCCUAUUUUUAGUUAUUUCAAUAAUCCUAUUACAUAUUGACAUCAGUUGAACUCAGACUCACAAUCCUGUACACCUAAUAAAAAAAUAGCGAUAAAUUUCAGUUCAUUAAGAAGGAAGUAUCUCCAACAAUCGAGAUUGCCUUGUGAGAGAAUGAGUUUUCCUAACACUGGAAGGAUUUGAACAAAGGAAAAUUCCUGAAUUGAAUAGAGGAUUGUCUCAGGUUCAUUUCCUUUGCCAUAAUUAUACAGGUAGAUGGUGCCUUCUAGGGCCCUAACAAAGAUGAAGAUGAAAAUAUACUGUCACUGCCUUAGCUGCCUCAAAGGAGCUUACAGGGAGCAGAAAGAUAUAGGAAAGCUUCCUUUCACUGUUAGCCUGAAUCUAUGUCUAUGCACAUACUGCUCUCUAUGGAGUUUAUGAGUCACUGAUCAUUUAAUGAAGUAAAAGGUAGCACAUUUCCCAAGUUGUUUAGUUCCUUGACAUGUUUCUGAGCUGCGAACUUUUUCUACUCAUUUGAUCUAACAUAGAUUAACUCUGUAUUACCUCUUCUAUACACACUUUAUUUCUUUUGUCCAGCAAGGAAUAAUAUGUUUUCAUGGAUGUCCUCAUAGAUAAAUUAAGA